CCUGUCUCUUUCGCCGGCCCACAGCGAAAAACUUCACCGUCCGCGCCGCCAGUCGCUCGACCACUGUCGCUGUGUUUGCGUCGUUGCCGCUUCGUUCCGUCGGGUCACAGUGCGACGUUUUCGUUCAAUUAUAUGUGAUUUUUUAUCGGAAUUACUUUGAAAAAACGGAUUCAGACGAGAUGGCAGAAAGCAGGGGAUCGUUACUGGCCAAGUCCGUGCAAAAACACGCCGGCAGGGCAAAGGAAAAGAUAUUACAAAAUUUGGGGAAAGUAGACAGAACGGCAGACGAGAUCUUCGACGAACAUUUACAGAAUUUCACCAGACAACAGAACGCAGCCAACAGACUACAGAAAGAAUUCAGCAAUUAUAUUAGGUGUAUAAGAGAGAGACAAACACAAUGUUUGAAAGUACUGGCCAUGCUCUGCUCUCUAAAGUCUAAAUCCGCCCAGGCAGCUUCCAAAUCACUUCUAGAUGCCAUAGGGGAAACCUACGAAAGUCAAUGGACCGGCCACGACCAUCUGUAUGUACAAACGCAAUCAGUGGACAUGCUAUGGCAGGACUUCAGUCACAAACUGGCAGAUGAGGUGCUGCUUCCCUUGAACACCUACCAGUCACAGUUUCCAGAAAUGAGAAAAAAAAUCGACAAAAGGGGCCGAAAAUUGGUAGACUACGACAGCCAGCGGCACAGUUUCCAGGCGCUCCAGACCAACAUGAAGAAGCGGGACGACGUCAAAAUCGCCAAGGGCCGGGAACAGCUGGAGGAGGCGAAACGGACCUACGAGAUGCUGAACUCGGAACUGCACGACGAACUGCCCGCCCUCUACGAUUCGCGAGUGCUGUUCCUGGUCACGAAUCUCCAGUCGCUGUUUAAUGCCGAGCACACCUUUCAUUCGGAAUCGGCCAAGGUCUUUAGCGAAUUAGAAGGAGUUGUUGAUAAAUUAGCCACAGACAGUCAGCGAGGGUCCUACAGUAUAAAAAAGACCAACGGUACGACCAGUCUUCCACGACCAACAAGUAUAACCAAGAAUUCUCCAGAACUUAUUGUUAAUAACAGUCUACCAAUCAGAGCUAGCGAUGGCUCUCCGACUAAAAAAGAAUUCACACCCGCCAAAUCCGAUUCCCCUCCGUUAUCCAACAGCGAUUCCAGGCAUUCGCUGCCUCCCACCCCCACAAAAGCCCCAGAACCCGUUAUACCCCGUGCCACCACUCCACCACCCGCUCCCCUCUCGACAGCCCCACCCGCUAAACCGCUAACCAAUGGCAGCUCGAGUCCGGAAGAGGGUAAACGUACUACACCAGAGCCCCCAGUCAAAGCGGUGGCUAAUAACGAACAAAACAGUACGGACGUUACUGAUACUAACAAUAGUACUGACAAGUCGAAAGAGAAUAACAGAAGAGUGGAAGAAUUGUACGAUAUUCCAAUCGGUGCCAGCACAGAAAACCUACCUCCCGGGGUUUUAUACAGGGUGAAAGCAACUUAUAAAUAUACUAGAGAAGACGUAGACGAACUAUCUUUUGAAGUAGGUGAAAUUAUAUCAGUUGUGGAGUAUGACGACCCUGAAGAACAGGAAGAAGGAUGGCUUAUGGGCAUCAAAGAAAAUGGAGAAAAAGGAAUGUUCCCCGCCAAUUUCACAAAACCGCUCUAAAACCCGUUGGACUUAGCUCUUGGGCUAAUAUGACGACUAAAUACUGAACAAUGUGCCUUAUCACACACGUUAUAACAACUUUUAUAAGUUUUUAUUUAAAGAAUGUUUUGUUUAAAUAGUUAUCUUGUUAAGAUUUUUUGUUAUCUCGGAAGAGAAUCUGCAAAUUAUAUUUAAAUACUCUACAACCGUUUAACUUUUUCUUGUCUAUUUUUUUAGAAAAUCAUUAAGAUUGUAACUUUAAAUAUGUAUUUUUUAAAUUUAAAAUGUAUUUUUAUGCAUUUAGGAUUAUUUCGUGCACCUAUGAACAUUUUUAAUAAGUGACUGCUGGAAAGAAAUUGCUCAACUUCUGUCAUACAACAAUAUAAGUCUAGUCAAAAAAAUGUAGGAAUGAAAUAUUUUUUGACUUUUUAAAUGUAAAUUUUGUACAGGUUUUACGCGAAUGUUAUACAUAUAUUAUACAUUAUUUAUUGUUUUUUUUGGAAAUGUUCAUAUUUGUGCUUCCAAUUUUUUAAUGAUUGUCUAUGUCAUGAUAAUCAAAAAGAAUACUCAAGAAAUUACAAGAAUCUCUGUCUUUACAAGGGCUCCUAUUUAUUGUGCCCUUUAACUGAAUACUUUCUGGUAUGAUUGUUUUUAUUUUUUUGACAUAAAUGAUUAUUAAAAUAUGAUAUAUUAAAUUGCUACCCUGGCGAUGGAAUGUUUAUUAUUAUAAAAGAUAUUACAAUAUUACAUAAUAUUUAUUAGUAUAAAUGAAUAUUUUCGUGUUGUUUCACACUUCUUGUAACUUUAGUUAGUUCUUAACGUUGUAAUAUUUCAUUAACUUAUUCUUCUUAGAGUGUAUGUUUGAAUUAUGUUAAAAUAAAAAUUUACAAAGUU